AUGAAUCAGUUUAUUGAUAUUCAUAAGAGGGGCGGUAAUCAAGCCGUGACAAUCAAUAAACCAUACAAUGUGGACAUUCACAUCACCAAAAAUGGUUCAUCCUGGUUUUGGGCGGCGUUUUGUAUUUUUACCGCGCUUGCCAUGUUGGUUAUAAUUUUAAUGUUUAGAAAACCCGCCAAUGAGCGUCUUUUCUACUAUACCGGAUUCGCACCUGUUAUGUUCAUGGCGCUUAACUAUUUCACUUUGGCAUCGAAUUUGGGGUGGAUUCCAGUCAAAGUGAAAUAUAAACAUGCGACAACGGCUAGUGAACAUGGACACCUUGGUACGAGGCAAGUUUUUUACUCUCGUUACAUUGGUUGGUUUAUGGCAUUCCCAUGGCCAAUUAUACAAGCCUCUUUGCUCGGUAAUACCCCGCUAUGGCAGAUUGCCUUUAACAUUGGUUUAACCGAAAUUUAUGUGGUUGUUAUGUUGUUUGGCGCUGUCGUCCAUACUACUUACAAAUGGGGGUACUUUGUGAUUGCAAUUGCUGCAGGUAUCAUUACCUGCAUUAGCGUAAUGACCACUACUAGAAAUUUAGUCAGAAAUAUCAGUCCCAUCGUUUUGAAGUGUUUUAGAAUUUAUUUUUACAUCGUUAUGUUAUUUUGGUUCCUCUAUCCGAUAAGUUUUGCACUUUCUGAGGGUGGUAAUGUUAUGCAACCAGAUUCUGAAGGUGCCUUUUAUGGUAUUUUGGAUGUGCUGUUUUUGGGUUUUUUACCUGUGCUGUUUAUUCCCGUAGCUUCCUACAUUGGAUUUGAUAAGUUAGGAUUGAACAAAACCGUUAAUCAUUAUGGACAAGAUUCAUCUCCAGCGGAAAAUGCAGUUUCAAGACCACCCGCACCGCUACCAAAACCACCACCUUCGAGCGGCGCCAAGGAUUCCAGUAAGGGACCGGGUGUCAAACAACCAGGUAAAAAGACAAAGAAGGUAAAGAGGGUAAAGAAAGUUAUGAGACCUGUUCAAAAACCUGCUGAAAGACCUCCAAGUGAAGAACAUGUCGGUGAAAAGAUGAGUGAACCCGCUGAAGGGACCAGUGAACCUACUGAAAAGGUAAGUGAGCCCGCUGAAAAGGGUACCCCAGACAAAUCAGAGGAAUAUUAA